AAAUACCAUUACGACUCCUAGCAAACUAAAGUGGUAAUAUAAAAAAAAAAAAAAUAAUUUCUUGCAAAAAAAAUUGAUAGUAAAAGAACUUGGAGUACUUGAAUAACGAAUAAAUAACGAAUUGUUGCUCAUUCAAAUUGCUUGUCCAAUUGGCCACAUAAUUUCCCGAGUCUGCGCUCUAAUCACGGUCUAUAAAGAGGUGAGGUCACAACAGUAGGCCACAACGCAGACUCGAACUUGGUUCUGCCUUCGCAUAUGUUUUUGCAAUUUUUAUUUGACGCAAGGAGUUCUAUUAAAAUGACGUAAGCUCGAGAUGAUGAGCAGCACCAGUAGCAGCCCCACCAACACCAACACGACCACCACCAAAUCGAGUAAACCGAGACUUGGCCAACGUGUUGAGGUAACUGGUAAAAAUCUUCAGGGUCGUGUCGCAUAUGUGGGUUGCACCAAUUUUGCAGCCGGUUUAUGGUUUGGUGUUAUCCUGGACUCGGCUCUGGGCAAGAAUAAUGGUACCGUUUUGGGUAAAUCAUAUUUCAAUUGCCCCGACAAUUAUGGCCUUUUUGUGCGAGGACAUCAGUUGGUAGGACUGGACAUUGAAACGAGUAAUCAAAGAGCAAGAAAAAUGCAACGAACAUUGUUAAAGAAAAAGAAUGUGGGUGUUGGCAGUAGGUCUUCCUCCACCGAGCAAGACUGGGAAGCACAACGUGUGCAAACCGAGGAGAGUCCUUCCUCGAAACAGGAAAAGCGAACAGAAUCGAAAGUUUCAUCACCCAAAAGUCCCAGAAAACAAGUGAUUAGGGAACAGCUUCCAAAGCAAUCGGCACAGCCUGAAGUGGCUUGUCCAGUUGCAAGUGAAGUGACGAAGCCGCCACUGGAGGACACUGUGAUCAGUGCAGAAGAGCCAUUGACUAUUACGGUACCAAAAGAAGAUAAUAAACGGCAACAGCAGCUUGGAAGACCUCUUCAGGACUUACCCUUGGGCACUCAAUUAGCGCCUCCAAUGUCCACGAUGACAUGCAACCAGAGACGUUCGACAUCGUACACACAAUUGCGACCAACAAGAAUUAGUCAGCCCAAGCCGACAAUAGCUCAGGCCCAGAGCUCCACGGCUCAGUUGACUCUGGCAAUGCCGGUGCCCUUGGCCUUGGCACCCAAACGCAGCAAGACCACCAUAAUGAGUCCGACAACCUCGAUGAGACGUAACCAGAACCCAGAGGCCUUUGUGGAACCCGGAUUCUUGUCUAUUUUGAAGCCACAAUUUACACCGGGACCAACUCUUGCUGUGCGUCCAGCGGUCGCCUCGCAGCCGCUGGAGAACCCAGAGGUUCGUCAAUUGCGCGAAGAGCUGCAAAUGUUGAGGGCGCAAAAGAGUGAGGAUAAAUUAAAGUUGCUGGAUUUGGAGCGUAUCAAGAUACACAAUGAGCAACUGAUGGAGUUCAAGUCACAAAUAAUGACACAGCAGGUGCUGCUUCAGCGUGAACUGCAGAGAUCACGACACGAGCAAAGGGAAUCUCAGGAUUUGGCGACCAAGUAUCAAAGGGAACUCGAUGAACUGGCCGAAAGCAUAGAGCUUCUCACAUUGGACAAAGAGAUGGCCGAAGAGCGUUUGGAAACUUUGCAAAUUGAAUUGGAAAUGGCCAAAGAACGUAAUGAUGAACUUAGCUUAGAUGUUGAAAUUCUUAGAGUAGAGCAGGAGGAACAACAACUGCAACAACAGCAGCAACAACCACAAACACCAGGAGGAGGAGGAGGAGUAGCAGUACAGAAUCUAAGCUCCAAGACUGAAAAGGCAUCAACGAUUCAAUCUGCAACAGUCAUCGAAUCUGCGGAACUUUUGCGACUAGAGCAAUAUAAUCAACGUUUACGUGAAACAGUGGUUCGACUGAGGGAUACUUUGGCCCAAGAGAAGCAAAUAGCACAACGUAAUCACAAGGAACUGGAGACCAAAUAUUCGGAAAUAAAUGAACUGAAAAGCAUUAAGGAAUUGCUUAAUCAACGCAUAGAUCAAAUGGAAACCCAGAUAAUCGAUCUCAAAGAGCAAAUCGAUGCCUCUUUGGGUGCUGAAACAAUGGUUACCCAGUUGGCUAGUGUUAAAUUGGAACUCGAGGAUCGUGUCAAGUUGCUAGAAGAUGAGGUCAAUGAGUUGGAGGCUCUGGAGCAAAUACAGGAACAGCUUAUCGAGAGUAAUCAGGAGUUGGAAACAGAUUUGCGCGAUGAAAUCGACAAACUAGUUGCUCAGGUUAAAACGCUGGAACAUCAAAAGAAUGCCGCGAUCGAGAGUGUCUAUGACAGGGAUGUGACCAUAUUUAAAUUCCGAGAACUGGUGCGACAACUGCAAGAGCAGCUCCACAGCAAGGGUGAUGGUGGGACAUUGUCCAUUGACGACUUCAGUAGUACCAAUGGCGAAUCACAGCAGGAGGAUCAAAGUAAUUCCGAUUAUCAGCACAUAUUCAGCGUGAGCAAGGCCUAUGGCAGGGCUCUGGAGCAGCAAUUGAAAUCAUUGGAGUUACGAUUGCAGUUGCAACAUUUGCAGCAGGUUCUUCUAUUUGUUCCAGAGCAAUUUCUAUUGCGUGGCGGCGAACAUGAUGUCAUUUUGGUUAUGCUCCUUCUCGAGAGGGUUCACGAGAAAAUGGGCAUUUUGGGUAAAGCCAUUAACGAGAAGUUUCCAACAGCAUGCGGAGAGUUUGGUCGCGAUGCUAUAUAUGAAGGCUAUUCGGUUCAGCGUUAUAUAUUUCGUUCACAUUGCCUCUAUUUGCUCAAGAGUCUUCAACUGGUGCUGCAACAGUUUCGACAUGCCCUCAAUCAUUGUGAUUACGAGCUGUGCAAUCAUGCGGCCAUCUAUCGCAGUGAUCUGGAAGUUCAGGAACAGGAACUGGAUGAAUUUAUACAACUGCUGAAGACGGGGCAACUUGAUGAGCAUACCAGUUGUGAUCCCAUUCAUCGGGCCUAUCUCUAUAUAAAUGGCUUGCAUCAGAAUCUAAUGCCGCCCCAGACACUGGUCGAGCUGCUGGAUGAACAGCAGCUCUACUCUGGCCUUUUGGAAGUCUAUGAAGCUGGUCUAGAUGCUGUGAAUUCCAAUUCGGGACUUUUGCACACCAUAAUUCAAGUGGGAGACGAACAGACGGCUUCAUUUCAGUGUAUGCAAUUGCUAAUGGAGCAGAGUAGCGCCCACAAACAGAAGGUGAAGAAGCUGCAGAGAAGACUCAACGGCGGCAGUGGCGAGGUAUUGACUGGAAUCGCUUGUUCGAGAUACCAAAAGAUUCUGGAAACAAAUGAGGCCUUAAGUGGUCUAAUUAACCAAUUGGGCCUGACUGCCCGUGAGGCCAGCAAAGAGUCCUCAUUGAACGGGGGCAUUUCACAUGAGAAGCUCUGGCGGAUGCUCGUUCUCAAUUACAAUAAAAUUGGGCCGGCCAGUGGACAAGGUGAUGAAGUGGAGUCACAUUUCCAGCAUUGUAUGCAGCUGCUUGAAGAGCAGUUGGAUGAGAUAUUUGUGUUGCUGGAAUCGAACGAUGUGAACACCGAGUAUGUACGUCAUCCGGCCACGAAUACCAUGCAGGAGCGAGCAGCUCAGGUGAAGCGACACUACGAAGAUGUCAAGUGCCUGGAAAUGAUUGUCAGCGAGAGGGACAAAGAGAUCAAGGGACUUAAGUACAUGGCCAAAAUGAAACAACAAGAUUAUUCCGAGCUACAAAUCCGCAAGGAAAUGGCCGAAAAGCAACUGGGCAAACAAUACCAAAUACUUACUUCCCUAGCCGAUCAGACGGAGCAAUUGGAAUAUAUAAUGCUCGGCAAGGAGGCUGCUCUGGGCCAGGCCUUAAAUGUCCUGGCCGAGAAGCUCACAUCGCUGGAGCAUUUGCAGCAGGAGUGGAGGGAACAACAGCAAGUGGAUAACGCUUGUGCGAACAGCUCCACCCUAAGCAGCAAUCAGGAAUUGCAAAUGCUCCAUCAGGCUCUCCGUCAGGAGCGUUCACUGCGCGUACAAAUUCAGGGUGAUGCAAUGGUGAAGUCCUUUGCCUCCCUGGAACCACUCCAUGUGCCGCCUCAGGCCAAAGAUGACUCCACAUCAAAUAGACAACUGAUCAAUCUGGAAUCUGAGUUACGUUCUCUCAAGAAUCAAUGGCUAUUGGCCUCUAUAGAACUGGAGCCUGUGCGAUGUCAAAAGCGUUCAGAAAUUGAAAUUAAGAGCACCCAUAUUAUGCGACAUAUCUUCCAAACAUAUUGUACUCUCCAUCCAAAUCGGAUGAAACAAACAGAUUUUGGAUUGUUCAUAAGCAAAGAUUUGCAUCGUGCGUUUUUUCCAUCUUUCGAAUAGUAGGGGACUAUCCAGUAUUCCGAUAAUAAAGAAAGAAAGCUAAAUGUGAUUUGCUACUUAAUAUAUACCCAGAUACUACUUACUAUAUAUAGUACAUACAUACUUAUGUACAUACAUAUAUGUAUGUAUGUAUAUCAGCUUAUUACCUUGUUCAUUUCAUGUUAAUCCAAACAAUAA